UGUCGAAUAAAAGUUUAGAGGACCAUCUCUUCAGCCGUGGAUCACGCACAUUACCGUGGAGAAAAAGACUCAAGGUCAUGGUUGGUGCAGCUGAAGGAUUGGCUUAUUUACAUGAACCUAAGGUUAUAUAUAGAGAUUUCAAAUCAUCAAAUGUGCUCUUAAACGAUGAAUUCUGUCCGAAAUUAUCGGACUUUGGGCUGGCCAGAGAAGGACCAGAGGGGGACAAUACUCAUGUCACAACCGCACUGUUGGGUGAAGAUGGAUCAUCAAAUUGGACAUGGUGUUGAAGUGACUGGGUUAUCUCCAUCUGUUACUGAGAAAGAUCUUAUUGAUUUCUUCUCUUUCUCUGGUACAAUUGAAUAUAUUGAUAUUGUCAGGUGGCUUUUGUUUCCCAUCUUGAUCUCUCUCACAUUCUCAGGUCUUGUUCUUCACCAUGGAGUUCUCGCCGAAACUGUUAAUCCUGAUGAAGCUAAACAGCUUAGAGACGAGGUAAACACUCCUCAACAGAUCUGGAUUUACUCGCUCUCUCGAUUUUGCUCUGUUGUCCCCAAAUUGAAUUUUCGUUUUCUGGGGACACUUAAAGUCUUAAUCGNGUUGGAUGUUAUGAGUAAAGAAUCUCAUUCUCCUUAUCAAU